GCUAUUUCUAUAUUCUCUCUCACACUAACACUCUCACUCUCACUCUCACUCCCACUCUCACUCGCAGUUUCACACACAUACACAUCCACACACACACUCCGACUACCAAUUAUUACCGACAUUUUCCUCCGAUGGCCAUCGAUGAGUUUUCUAGAUCAGUUCAAGCGGGACUACAGCUAUCCAAACGGAUUAGUUACGGAAAAGAUAAAGCUUCCAUGACUGUUCCGAAGGCGCCGUCCAUGAAGAAGUCGUUGUCGUCAUGUUCGUCGUCCUCGUCGUUGCGGUUGCCGGAGAAUCACCGUCCCACAGCGCCGAUGGUUUACACGGUGAUAUCUGAUCCUUCUGUUGUUGAUAAUCCGGAUAUUUGUAGCUACCAGCCGUAUGUUUAUGGGCAUUGUGAUCCGCCGGCGCUGGUUCCGCUACAUAUGCAUGGAAUUACGAUGGAAGUUGACUGUUAUUUGGACACUGCGUUUGUUACAGUUACCGGAACUUGGCGCGUUCAUUGCGUAACUUCAAAGUCAUGUUGCGAUUGCAGAAUCGCGAUUCCUAUGGGCGACCAGGGUUCAGUUCUAGGUAUUGAGGUGGAGAGCACAAGAAGAUCAUAUUCUUCCCAAUUCAUAACUCCUCAAAAUGAAAAAGAUGUAGAAAAAGUAACAAAGACAAAUAACAGCUCUCUAAUGAAAGGCAACACUUACAUGUUCAAAAUUCCACAGGUUGAUGGAGGAUCAAAAAUCCAUGUCACUAUAAAAUGGUCUCAGAAAUUGUUAUAUCAACAUCAUGAGUUCUGUCUCAGUGUGCCUUUCACUUUUCCUGAUCAUGUUCUUCCAGUGGUGAAGGAAACUUCUAAUAAGGAAAAAAUCAUGCUAAAUGUCAACUCUGGUACAGAUACAGAAAUCAUCUGCAAUUAUUCUAGUCAUCCUUUAAAGGAAACAAAACGAAAGUCUGGUGAAUUAAGCUUCUCAUAUGAGGCAGAUGUUAAAAGAUGGUCAACUGAAAACUUCUUCUUUUCUUACUCUUUGUCUUCAGAUGAUAUUUUAGCUGGAUUGCUACUGCAUACUCCAUCUCUUCAUGAUUAUGAUCAAAGAAAUAUGUUCUGCUUCUAUCUUUUCCCUGGAAGUAACAAAAUUUCAAAGCCUUUUAAAAAAGGAAGUGAGCUUAAUCAAGAAGAUUCCUUUAACAUCAUAGCCUUCAAUGGAAACAUCAAAUCAUUCUCAUCUUCAUUGGAAUCAGCAACUGAUGAAGGAAUCACAAAUGCCAUUGAAUGGAUGCACAAUAAUCUCAUUGCUGAAGGAUCCACAAACCUCCUACUUCCUCUAAAACACGCAUUUGAUAUGGUUGGUAAAUCGGGUGAAUCAAUUCCUCUCAUUUUUCUCAUUACUGAUGGAUCUGUUGAAGAUGAAAAAGAUAUUUGUAAUCUAAUGAAGGAUCACCUUAUGGAUGGAGGGAUUAAUUCUCCUAGAAUUUUCACAUUUGGCAUAGGUUCAUACUGCAAUCACUAUUUUUUGCAAAUGCUUGCACAUAUGGGAAGAGGAUGCUAUGAUGCUGCAUAUGAUGUAGAUUCAAUCAGUGAUCGAUUACCAAAACUGUUAAACAACGCCUCAUCUCAUGUACUUGCAAAUGUAACCAUUGAUGGCCUAGAAACUCUUGAGUCACAUGAGUUUUACCCUUUUCGUGUUCCGGACUUUUAUGGAAAUCCAUUAAUUCUAUCGGGUCGAUACCAGGGGACCUUUCCUGACAUUGUCAAAGCUAGAGGCUUCACAGCCGAUAUGAGUUCUUACAAGAUUGAUGUCAAAGUGAGAAAAGCAAAGGGCAUUACUUUAGACAGGGUUUGUGCGAGAAGGGAGAUUGAUACGCUGACAGCUCACGCAUGGUUAGAUCAAAAUAAACAACUUGAGGAGAAAGUUGCUAAAAUGAGCCUACAAAUCGGAGUUCCUUCCGAAUACACUCACAUGAUUCUAAUUCAAGGCGACAAAGUAAAGCCAGCUAUGGAUUCAGUUCUACCUGAAGAGGAGUAUUCGAAGUUGGAGAAUCAUAAGGUUAUGUAUCUAAGCAAUUUAAGCGUUGGAUUUGGUAAUGUGAUGGCGAGUGUUGAUAAUUUGGCGCCGGGAACAGAAGAGGUGAAGCUGAGUGAGCCAGCGGGAAUGAUGAUGCAGGCGGCUUCUUCUUGCUACGACGUCGUUCUUGAUCGAUGUUGUUGUGUGAGUGUGUUACGGUGUUGUUCUCGAAUGAACGAUCAAUGUGCGAUUGCUCUGACGCAGUUAUGUACGGCGCUUGCGUGUUUUGAGUGCUUGAAUUGUUGUUGUGAAGUAUGUGAUUCGUGUGGUGACUUGUGUCAGUAGAGAGUAGAAUGAUUAGGUCAGAGAAAUAAAUUAACACAAAGAAUGUGUAUUAUAUGGUGCAGAAUGAUUAUAUAUGAUUUAUCUGUAUUGUAGAUAUCUACUUUUAUGUAUGCCUUACAACUUUUAUUAAAAAAUUGGGGCAAAGCACACAAAAGUAUAAUGGUAGUUUAUGCAAG